UUCAAGUAUAACUAAUUAUUGCGCAUAUAACGCAUUACAAGCAGCCAAAAUACAUUGUCCACGAUCUAGAUCGAAAUUAAUAAACCUUCCGCUAUGCGUAAUAUCUGAGCUAGUCUAAAAUUUGUCUCUUGUCGAUUUCAUCUCUCGUGACUCUCGUCACAUGACUACCGUUUGUGUGUGUAGCGGGUAUAAAAGUAAGCGAAAAGUAAGACAGAGGACAGCGUAUUUUAUAUUAAGCGGUUAGCGAUUACGGUGGCAAAGCGCUGAGCACCGCAUACAGUACUUCAUGGGCGAAGUCAACUGAAACGACAUUCACUUACUUCGUUUAAGAAAGAAGCUUUCAUGCGAAUUACCGGACGCCGAAGGGACUUCCACCGCUUAAAAAAAGCACGUCGAAGGACGUUUUCGGAUGUGUUAUUUUAACAGAAACGCUGUAUCGUUAUCCGAAAACUUAGUCCUACUUUGCGAUCAGUUGAGCUGGUUAAUAUAAAUAACACGGACCUAAAUGAUGGCAAAACCUGUAUUGUCGAAAAAUGAUUGGAUAUACAUGGAAGUCAUUGGAUUUCUAAGAUUUUUAACUUUUCUGCAGCGUCUCUUGAACGGUUUUAGACUUGCUCAAUUAGUCAACGCCGCUGCUGACACUGCAAAGCCAAUGUGCGGCUAUCCGCAUGAGAAUGAAAUUAUGCAGCGAAUGUGGCAUUCUAUGUACAAUCUUGAACGUCUGUUCAUGCCACACAAUGCCAGCUUAAAGAUACCAUUUCAAUGCCUUGGCAAUAAAAGAUGUAAAAUACCAAGCAGCGAUGAAAUACGCCUUUAUUGUCGAAUUCAAAAUGAAAGAAACGAAAAAGAGGACGAUCGGACCAUUCAGCGAGAGAACGCUUCACUGAGACAGCGUGUUAUAUGUUCAAUCUUCAUCAAUAGAGAGAGGCGUGUGGUCUUCAUACCCUGUGGACAUUUGCGGACCUGUGAAGUGUGUGGGCAGGGGACCAGCGUAUGUCCAGCAUGUGGACUGAGAGUGACGUCACGUCUUGUGGUGAAGCGGUGAUGGCUUAUAUUCCGUUUUAUUAUCUUCAGCUUUUGGUACACACGUUUAUGUUCCUUAAACGCGCUAUGAACUUACUCUGUUUGAACGCUAUUUGACUUGAAAUCAUGUAUGUAAUUCAACUUUGGAUUUCAGUGGAUUAUACAAUAAAUUAUAAGGCGUAUUGCUAGCAUGUUGUUUGAUUAUUAAUAUAUGUGUUGUUUUGAACAAUGAGCCUUAACAAAUGGAAAGUAUUUAAUUUGAUUCUGCAUUUGCUAUGCCGUAAGUAUAAUUGGCAGUUAAAUUAGGCAUGUAACAAUAUAUCAUUAUGCGACAUCAAUA